AUGCCUCCGGAUUCGGCGCUAGCGUGCAACGUCGACGGCAUGUUGGUGCUGGUGUGGGGCGCGGCGUGUGGCGGAACCGUCCGUCUGGCGGAGCUGGCUGUGGCCCGCGUGGUCGCCGCGAUCAAGGGAUUGGGGCUGAGAGUGUCUCCUAAGAAGUCCGAGGCAAUGUGGUUCUGCCGCACGGCUGAUCACGGGACGCCUCCAGCGGGUUAUUGCUUGAGGUUGGAGGGAGCUGAGAUCGGGGUCGGAACCAGAAUGAAAUAUCUGGGCCUGAUCCUCGACAGCCACUGGACCUUCGGCGCUCACUUCGAGCGCCUGUCACCGUCUGUCGAGACGGCGGCGAACGCAUUAGAACGUUUGCUGCCUCGGCUGGGCGUGCCCGGUGUCGGAGUGCGUCGGCUGUACGUCGGCGUGUUGCGAUCGAGGCUCCUUUACGGAGCUCCGACCUGGGCGGAGGACCUGAUGGCCGGCCGCUGCAGUCUCCUGAAAGUCAGGAGGCUGCACAGGACGGUGGCCAUCAGGGUAGUGAGGGGCUUCCGCAUCAUUUCGGCUGUAGCAGCGGCGGUGCUCGCUGGAUUUCCCCCGUUUGAACUGCAGGCACUGAGGUGUCGCGAGAAUUACCUCCACACUCGGGGUCUGUCGAACGGGGUCAACCCGGUGGGCGCCGACGUUAAGAGUCGGGCUCGACGGGCCCUGCUUGACAGAUGGCGCGCCAGCCUCGACAUGCCCUCCCCCUGA